AGAAGUUGACAUCACAGGAUAGGAUAUUCUUCUGGGCAGAACAACGAGUGCCUCAAGUCAAAAACCCGUUUUAUGUCGUGCAAAUAAAGGCAGGCCUUCGUGGUACUCGUCACUCAUUUGAGUUCUUGUUGUGACUUGAGAACUUUUGGUGUUAAAAUGAGGCUUUUAGUGGAGAAGGCGAAAAACAACCCAUCCUUACUGGAUGUGUCGGAAUUGGUUCGUCCAGAACUGAAUGAUGGGAAAAACGAGGACUCAUUUAGGAAUUAUGAGAACAAUGCCAAUCCAAUGCAAGCCAUUAUUAAGAAAACUUAUUUGGCGAUGCACACCAACCAAACGGUUGACUUUGUUCGAAAGAAGCAUGACAAGUGGUUGAAAUUCGACCAUUUGGAGGCCACGGUUAUGGAGGCCUUGGAGCUUUUGAAUAACUUGGUGGAUGAAUCGGACCCGGAUAUUGACUUGCCCAAUAUCGUGCAUGCCUUCCAAACCGCGGAGCAAAUUCGGGAAGUUCAUCCGGAUCAAGAUUGGUUUCAUCUCACUGGUCUGAUCCAUGACCUAGGCAAGAUCAUGGCCUUUUAUGAUGAGCCUCAAUGGGGAGUGGUGGGAGACACGUUCCCUGUGGGCUGCCAUCCCCAAAAAUCGAUUGUGUUUAGAGAUUGGUCAUUUAAAGAUAACCCUGAUCUCACAAACCCACUUUACAACACUGAAAAUGGGAUUUAUGAGAAGAACUGCGGUUUGAACAAGAUCACCAUGUCGUGGGGACAUGACGAAUAUCUGUACCGAGUUCUCCUAAACCACAAGACAACUUUGCCUCAAGAGGGUUUAUGGAUGAUCAGGUUUCACUCGUUCUAUCCAUGGCACACUGGAGGUGAUUAUAGAAACCUUUCCAACGAAUUGGACGACGAGAUGCUAAAAUGGGUUCAGGAGUUCAACAAAUUCGAUUUGUACACGAAGAGUUCCAAAAUUCCAAAUAUCGAGAAGUUGAAGCCUUAUUACCAAGGUCUUGUGGACAAAUAUAUGCCAGGAGUCAUCAAGUUCUGAGAUUCCAUCGACUUCGUGGAAAACACCAUUGCGGCAAGUGAAAUCGGAGGCAAUCAGGCUAUACAUCUCAUCAAACAUCACAUCACCUGUUAUUAAAAAAAAAGAUAAAAGAAAAGGGGUGAUGGUAGACCUGCACGAGAAGACAAAUAUAACAUAUUCAAGCUCA